UUCACACCUCUCCAUUCACACAAAACAAAACUGACAAAACAAUCGCACUUCCCAAAUGGCACUUCUUCUUCUUUCCUUGCUUCCACUGUUUCUCACUCUUAACCUCGCAAGUUCCGAAUCGUUCAUCGGCGUCAACUACGGCCAAGUCGCCGACAACCUGCCGCCGGCGACGGCGACGGCGAAGCUGCUCCAGUCGACGGCGAUCGGAAAGGUCCGGUUGUACGGAACCGACCCGGCGAUAAUAAAAGCCCUGGCGAACACGGGAAUCGGAAUCGUGAUCGGAGCGGCGAACGGCGACAUUCCGGGACUGGCCUCGGACCCAAACUUCGCGAAAACGUGGGUGAGCACGAACGUGGUUGCGUACUACCCGGCGAGCAACAUCAUCCUGGUGACGGUGGGCAACGAGGUGAUAACCUCGAACGACCAGGGGCUGGUGGUCCAGAUGCUGCCGGCGAUCCAGAACGUGCAGAACGCCCUGGACGGCGCCGGUCUCGGCGGGAAGAUCAAGGUGUCCACGGUGCACUCCAUGGCGGUGCUCCGGGACUCCGAGCCUCCCUCCGCCGGAAGGUUCCACCCCGAGUUUGAUUCCGUUUUGCAGGGGCUCUUGUCGUUUAACAAUGCCACGGGUUCUCCCUUUGCCAUCAACCCUUAUCCUUACUUUGCCUACCGAAGCGACCCUGGCAGAGCCGAUAACCUUGCCUUCUGCCUUUUCCAGCCCAACGCCGGACGAGUUGACUCCAACACCAACAUCAAGUACAUGAACAUGUUCGAUGCUCAGGUGGAUGCAGUUCGAUCUGCUUUGGAUGCUUUGGGGUUUAAGAAUGUUGAGAUUGUGGUUGCGGAGACAGGGUGGCCCUACAAAGGAGACAACGAUGAGGCUGGUCCAAGUCUUGAGAAUGCUAAGGCUUACAACGGUAACCUCAUUGCGCACCUGCGAUCCAUGGUUGGGACCCCUUUGAUGCCAGGGAAAUCAGUGGACACGUACCUCUUCGCCUUGUACGAUGAGGACUUGAAGCCUGGAUCUGCUUCUGAGAGAGCCUUUGGUCUUUUCAACCCUGAUCAAACCAUGAUCUAUGAUGCUGGCCUCUCCAAGCAGCAACAAACCACUAGCCCCGUGCCUACGGUUGCCCCGACUACUCCGGAUGCGUCAAAAUCUCCCGUGACUCCAAAGCCAACAGUUCCAAGUCCUACCAAAACAAAUAAUAGUAAAGCAACAUGGUGUGUGCCAAAAGCAGGAGUAACAGAUGCACAGUUACAAGCAAAUUUGGAUUAUGCUUGUGGGCAGGGGAUUGAUUGUACCGCAAUUCAACAAGGAGGGGUUUGUUUUGAACCCAACACUUUACUAAACCAUGCUGCGUAUGCCAUGAAUCUAUUGUUUCAAACUACUGGACGGAAUCCAUUGACUUGUGAUUUCUCACAGACAGCCAUGUUAUCAACCAAUAAUCCAAGUUACAACAGUUGUCUUUAUGCUGGUGGAAAUGCCUAAACCUAACAAACAAGAAAGUAGAUAAAGCAGGUUACUUUUUGUUGAUUUAUUUAUUCUCUCUUAGUUGCUAAGAAAUGCCCUGGUUCUUAGAGUGCUCUGUAAUAGGAGAGUGUGCAUGUACAGAGGAAGAUCUUCCUCUAUUUGUAGUGUGACCUUUUUUUUAAUGUCUUUAUAAGAAGCAAAUUGGUGCUUUCUUUGUGUGUGUACUGUGGUGUGUGGUUUAGGUAUGUGUAUUGAGUCAUCAUUCAAAAUC